AUGGCGCGGCAGCAGCAUGGCCAACCGCGCGCAGCAGCGUCGUCGCCAGCAGGGACGUCAACCACCGGUGCUGCCGCUGCAACGGUCGCCGUGAUGCGGGCCGCUGCCGCUGCCGUGGCUGUAGCCACGUGGGUCCCGGCAGCCGCUGUCGCAGAAGCAGCGGCGGCGGCAGCAGCACCGACGGGGGUGGGACGGGUACCGCCAAUCGCGGCCGCUGGCUGCCCCAACGGUGGUGGUGCUGCUGCUGCUACCUCCGGUCCCUCGCUGGGCUUCCAGCUGUCAUGUGCGAGAGCACCAACGCCGCUUGAAGACGUCUCUCGUGAAUCAUCUCCUUCGCGGCAGGGUGGCGCCGGCUCUAGAGAUAGGGAUAAGCACGGUCACCCCCUGGCCUUGGCCCUCCACGCCGAUAGCGAAAACAACAGUAGACGAAGAAGGCUCAAGGCUCCCACGGCCUCAGGAGGACUGGCGUUCGCCCCUCCUCCCGCUCUUCCGGCGGCGGCGGCGGCGGCGGCGGCGAAGCGGGCGACGCCUCCUUCAUGCUCGUUGCGUCGGCGGCGAAGACCGGCGGGAGCAAAUCUCCCCGAGACCUCUACGUCAAGCUUCCUCGGCCAGUCCUCUGUACAGACCUCGGCUCGACGGCGGCGGCGGCGGCGGCAGCCGGGAUCGGGGGGUUGCUGCGUGCACACGGCGUCUCCGCAGUCCACUUCCCCGGUUCUCCAGCUAAACACGCCUCUGACCCGAACUCCCGCUAGAGGCGCUCGGCUGCUGUUGUCUUCCUUGUGCCCAACCGGAGGUCGGGUGUUGUCGGCGGCCGGAAGCGGACAGGGGGGAGUUACGGCGACGAUGGCGGUGGCGGGGGGGCGGCGCGAAACGACGGCGGGGACAGGGGCACGGGGAGUGGGGGGGGCACGCGGAGGUUUAUCCUCGUCGCCGGUUGGCAGGAGACCGAGUGUUGUUGUCGGCGGCAGAAUCAGCGUUAGCCGGCUGGGGGCGGCCGGCAGCAGAGAGGGUGGCGGCAUCGGUGCCGGCAUCGGUGCCGGCAACGCCAACACUGGCAGCGAAACCAGAAACAAGGACAGCAGCAGCAGCAGGAGGAGGAGUCUAGGCAAAGGGUUGGAGGGGAUCCGACCCUCCGACACCGCCGCCGCCACUUCAGCCGUCAACGGCAGCGGUAGGCAGAGCCCUACCGCAGGAUCGACUGCCGGCAAGGGUGCUUGGACCGGCCGGGCAAAGUUUGCUGGCCGCGGAGGGGCGGGGGGAAGAGGAGGCAUUCGAAGCGGGGGGGUCAUGGCCCAGGAGCUGCGGCCUCUGCUGGACAUGCUGGACGAUGCAAGGGGGCACCGGGCGACGGGUGCCGCAGCUAUGAAGGUAUUGGACGCAGCUGCCAAGGCUGGAUGGGAAAAGAUAAGGUUCUCCGCGCUACGAAUGGGAAAGGUUGCGGCAGGAGCUGCCGUCGCCGGGCGGUGGGAGACACACGGGCGUCCGCUCGUGCUCCGGAUGGGUUCGUUAGGGGUGCCCGAGGGGGACGUGAGCUCCUGGACUGCGGUGCUGCUGCCGUUGAGCCGGCUGGGCUGCGCCGACGAGUGUCUCGAGGUGUUGGAGAUCAUGGAGGGUGCGGUCGGCCUGACCACCGCCACCGCUGCUGCUACCCCUGGCGUACCCCACAGCGGCGGAAGAAACGGAAGCGCCGCUCCCACCGGUGAAGAGAAACACGCCCUCGGCGUGGCCCCGCGCGAGCACGGCAUGGAUUUUUUCCACGGCCUUGACCGGAGGAACGAGCUGCUGACAGUGGCGCACAACCACUGCAUGUUUGCCUUCAUCAAGGCCGGCAGGGAGACAAUCCCCCCCCCCCCCCCCUUUCCCCCCCGGGACCCCCCGUCAACGAUUACAUGCAAGGCGGACACGUAUACUUACGUGACUGCGAUGAAGGCAGUCGGGGCCGCGGGGCAGUGGGAGAUUGCUGUAUCGCUGCUUGCCGAGCUGCGCGAGUUGGAAGGGGUAUCGCCGGACGUUUACGUAUACACGGCGGCUAUCUCUGCAUGUUCUACCGCUGGAAGGUGGGAAGAGGCGCUGGAUUUGGAGGGAGAGAUGCGUCGGCGUGGGAUAAAGCCCAACGCCUACACGGUAACUUCUUGCGUCAGCGCUUUGGCACGAGGAGGGGAGUGGGAACGGGCCGUGCAGGAGCUAAUUGCGGCGGAGGAAGGAGGCCUACCGGUGUCCACCCCCGCCUACAACGCGGCACUGAAGGCGUUCGCCAUCGGGAAGGCGCUGCAGCCCGGCCUCGACUUCUUCAGGCGCAUGCAAGAGGAAGGACGAGUGCCCCUAGACGAGCAGACCCACAACAUCGCGAUCGAGCUGUGCAAGGAGUGCGGUGACACUUCCACGGCCGUGGGCAUCCUGAGGGCCAUGGAGGGUGCAGGGCACUACGCCGAGAUGGGGCUAUGGGGGCUGGCGCCGAAUGCUCCCGUGUACGAGGCGGUGGCGCGGGCGUGCUUGGCCUCCCGCUCAUGGAGAUGGGCGACGCUCGUGCACCGCGACGCCGUGACGAGGCAGUCGGCCGUAGCCUGGACCGCUUGCGGGGCUGCUGUUGCCAUGAUGGCCACAGGCAAGGUCAAGCACGCCGUCAGGGUCCUGGAAGGGGCGAGGGUGGACGGCCUUCUCGGUGGGGAGGAAGACGAAGACAACGACGCAUACGACACACUCAGUGCGGCGGCCGGGCACGCGAUGAAGGCUAUGUCUCAGGCCGGCGACUGGACCGGGGCCGCAAGGCUGUUCGAUUCACUGCUCGAUUCAGGAGCAGUGCCAGGCAUGCAGCUCAUGGUGUUGUACAUCCGCGCCCAAGCAGCCACGGCGUCGUCGACCCCUCCCCGAAAAUCAUCGAAACCCGGGCAUGACACGCUUCCAUCCCCGCCCCUCACGGAACAAAAAUACGGUCCAAAUUCACCUACCACCACCACGGGUGGCUCCCCGUCCUCGGGCGACGCCUCCGAACCAGGAGACGGUGUCAUUCCGUCCCCGGUUUUCGACGUGAGAGGGGAUGCUUUUUCAGCGUCCCCGGGUCUAGCGGCGCUGCUGGCGCUCCGUCGGCUGGACGGCCUGGGACUGGAGCCGGGGGCGAACGAGCACACGGCGGUGCUGUUUGCCUGCGCCGACUCCGGGAAGAGCGGCGGGCCCGCUGCCCUUGCGGUCCUACGGAGUCUCCUAGAAAAGGGUCUGAAGUGCAACGGCCGUGCCGCCGCAAUGGUACUGUCCUCACUGUCCAAAUCCGAAGAUUGGGAAGGUGCUGCCAACGUCGCGGACGAGCUGGAGGCCUGUGGAGUCACACACACCGAAUACAGUGCGACGGCGGCGAUUUCCGCGUACGGGCGGGUCGGACGCUGGGGUGACGCCGUCGACCUCCUGGAAACCCUUCUCGACGACAACGACGAGUCGACGAGUACCGCAGUCACGACUGCGGUCUUCAACGCCGGAAUAAUGGCGUGCGCGCGAGCGGGCCAGCUGGAGGAGGGUAUGUUUCUGCUGAGGGAGAUGUGGGCACGGGAGGUCUCCCGGGACGUACAGACGUACAACACCGCCAUGGCCCUCUGCAAGUCGGCGGGAGAGUGGACACGAGCGGUGGGCUUGCUGGAGGCUAUGGAGGCCGACGGGGUAGCCGCCGACACCGUUACCUUCAACACCGUCAUCGCCGCCUGCGAAGCGGGGGCGGACCACUGGACGGCCUUCAGCCUAUUCAACCAGAUGGAGAGGGCCGGGCUUACGCCGGACCUGUGGACAUACAACUCCUUGGCCAACGUCCUAGGUAGCUGCGGCGAGUGGGAGAGGGCUGUGGCUUUGCUGGACGACAUGAGAGCGAGGGGAUUGAGGCCGGACGUCAUCACGUACUCCGCUCUCGUCAGCGCCUGCGAGAAGGCGGGACAGGUGGAGGCUAGCUUGUCUCUGCUGGAAGAGAUGGCGAGGGAGGGUGUCGACGCGAACGAGAGGACGUUUAGCGCGGCCAUCAAGUCGAUCUCGUCGGCUAGCUCCUUCUCAUCAUCAUCAUCAUCGUCGUCGUCAUCGGAGACAAAGCCUUCCGCUAGUUGGCAGAAGGUGGCCAAGCUCCACGAGGAGGCUAGGAGGAGGGGGAAGGCGAACGUGGUGACGUACAGCGCCGCCAUCAGUGCCUGCGCCAAGGAGAAGCGGUGGAGGGACGCGCUCGCGCUACUCGCGGAGAUGCGGCGAGACGGUAUCGAGCCCAAUGACUACAGCUUCAGCGCCGCGAUGUGGGCUUGCGUCAACGCGGACGAAGGAAAGCGCGCCUUGCAGCUGUUCGCGACGAUCAUGGACGUUGCCCCCGCAGCAACUAGCUCCACCACCACUACCAGCCGAGCUAUCGGUGGCGCGGACACCCAUACCGUUGACAGCCUUUCGGCCGCUGUUCCUCAUGCGGGGUCCUUGUGCGAUGGCGAUGACAACGACAGCAGUAGCCCUCGUAACGAGGACGGGUCUGACGCGAGAGGGGUGGUGGCGGCGGCGGCGUCCGCCGCCCCGGGCAGGGGGGUAGCAAGGAGCCGCGACUGCUACAUGGCGGCGAUAUCGGCGUGCCACAAGGAAGAGGACUUCCCCCGCGCCCUCGCGCUGCUCAAGCACAUGCGGAGGAAGGGCGUCAGGGGAAGCUUGGGGCUCUACAACCUGGUGCUGAGCAUGUGCGAGAGGCACGGUGACGCGGAAACUUCUAAGAAGCUUCUGACUCUCAUGCGGAUGGACCGGGUGUCCCCUUCGGUUGUCUCCUGCAACCAGGUCAUCCGGGCUUGCGAGAAAGCAGGCCGGUGGGAGGACGCUCUGGCCAUCCUGAUGGCCAUGGUCUCGGGAGGCAUCUCUCCGAACGUGUACACGGUCUGCUCCGCGCUCAGAGCUUGCUGCAUCGGACACUCGCCACAGAGGUACUAA